CAGAAGACUUUUUCCCCUGCAUAUAGAGUAGGAGUAAUGUUGGUUAGAAACUGGCUGGUGUUUAAAACUGAAGAUUGUCAUGACUGUUUAACCUAAGCUCCAUGCUGAAAUAAGAUUAAUUGUCUUGGAAAUACUAAAUUGGGGUAACCCAAAUCUGUUUCUGGAACCAUGAAAAUUUUGUUGGUUUUUGACUUUGACAAUACAAUCAUAGAUGAUAAUAGCGAUACCUGGAUUGUACAAUGUGCUCCAGAGAAAAAGCUUCCUAUUGAACUACAAGAUUCUUAUGAAAAAGGAUUUUGGACAGAAUUUAUGGGCAGAGUCUUUAAGUAUUUGGGAGAUAAAGGUGUAAGAGAAGAUGAAAUGAAAAGAGCAAUGAUAUCAAUGCCUUUCACUCCAGGGAUGGUGGAACUUUUAAACUUUAUAAGAAAGAACAAGGAUAAAUUUGACUGCAUCAUUAUUUCAGAUUCAAAUUCAGUCUUCAUAGAUUGGGUUUUAGAAGCUAGCAAUGUUCAUGACGUGUUUGAUAAAGUCUUUACAAAUCCAGCAGCUUUUGACAGCGAUGGUCAUCUCACUGUGGAAAAUUAUCAUGCUCAUUCUUGCACUAGGUGCCCCCCAAAUCUUUGCAAAAAUGUAGUUUUGGUAGAAUUUGUAUGUAAACAGUUACAACGAGGAGUGAAUUAUACACGAAUUGUUUAUAUAGGUGAUGGCGGAAACGAUGUCUGUCCAGUAACCUUUUUAAAGAAGAAUGAUGUUGCCAUGCCACGGAAAGGAUAUACUUUACAGAAAACUCUUUCUAAGAUGUCUCAAAAUCUUGAGCCUAUGGAGUCUUCUGUUGUAUCUUGGUCUUCAGGUGUUGAAAUAAUUUCUCAUUUACAAUUUCUAAUAAAGGAGUAAUACGCCAAUAAUUGAAAUGUGUAUCAGUUAAGAUUAAAUACAGCAGCAUAAAACUAAAACCCCAAAUAACAGUGGCUUUAAAAAAAGAAAAAGUUUUCCCUCUCACUUAAAAGAAUUUCAGAGUUAAGUAUCUCAAAGUUUCUGUGUUGCUUUACCAACCUCAGCACUUGACUUGCAACUUAUGAUCCAAGAUUGCUGUUCAAGCUCCUUCCCUCACAUCAACUUUCUGGCCAGCAAGGAGGACAGUGAGAGAGAAGGUUGCACCCUCAUUUAAAUUUCACUGGCCAAUACAUUGUCACAAUGCUCCUUCCUAACUGCAAGGAAGGAUGAAAAAUAUAGCUUUUAUUUCAGAUGGUCAUAUUCAUAAACAGGCCUUUGAAGGCCUGUUUGCUUCUGAAUCACUCUUACUCAUGAUGGACAGCCUUUUGGGAUCCUAUUCAAAGUAAGGGGAAGGGUUUAUCACUGCAGGCCUCAUACUCCAAUACCUCUUCACCUGGGUCCCACGAAGACUGUCAGGAUAGCCACUCAGUAUGUCAGAUACCACUUACAGAAUUGGCCAACGCUUUCACGGAAAAGAAGCUCACCUACCUAAGUUUCUGUGCUUCCUUAGCCGACAGUUAUUGUCAGCUCUCUCAUGUCUUUAAGCAGAUAUUUUAAAAAUUGUGUUCAGCUAUCAGCUUUUCCCGAUGUACUCUGUAGAAGAUCUGGUCCAAAUUACUUGAUCUACAACUACUAAAAAUGAAAGUAUUAUUAUUAUUUUUUUUUGCUUGCAUAAUUUAUAAUUUGUUACUGGCCUCAACUUGUAGAGAAAUCACAAUGUAUAAGAG